AUGGGCACCAAAGCUCUCAAAAGUCUCUACUCGUUCGGUUUUCACCCUCGCGAUCGCAGUUUCAGAAAUGGUAAUACAGAUAAGGCGGAUUUGAGCGUAGAAGUAUGGGAGCAUAAAUUACAAAACCCAAUUGGUACAUCUGCGGGACUUGACAAAUUGGCAGAGAUUCCAGAUGCUUUGUUCGCUAUGGGUCCUGCGAUCGUUGAGGUUGGCGGAUGUACACCACUUGCUCAAGAUGGAAAUCCAAAACCAAGAGUCUUCCGUAUACCUAGUCAAAAUGCGUUGAUCAAUCGAUAUGGCCUCAAUUCGAAGGGUGCAGAUGAUAUGGCUAUGCGAUUGAGGGAACGGGUUCGGUUAUAUGCAUAUCAGAAUGGGCUAGGUGUGGGUGAAGAUGCCGAGAAGAUGGUUCUUAAUGGAGAAGCUGGUGUUCCUCCGGGAAGUUUAUUGGAUGGGAAGUUAUUGGCGGUUCAGGUCGCCAAAAAUAAGGAUACGAAUGGCGAUGAUAUCGAGGCUGUUAAGAGAGACUAUGUUUACUGUGUGGAAAGAUUGGCUCCAUAUGCCGACAUCUUGGUAGUUAAUGUCAGCAGCCCGAAUACGCCUGGAUUGAGGACAUUACAGAAGGUUGAGCCAUUAUCCCGAAUCUUAGAAGGUGUGGUUGGAGCUGCCAAAUCUGUAGACAGGAAAACGAAGCCUAGGGUCAUGGUGAAAGUAUCACCUGACGAGGAUCAAGAUGAACAGCUUGAGGGCAUCGUCGAAGCUAUAUGGCGAAGUGGCGUGGAUGGUGUGAUCGUGGGCAAUACUACAAACCGAAGGGACAAGCUCAUCCCCGAUGAUAUCAAAAUUUCUGCCAGAGAACGCAGAGUUCUCGAAGAACAAGGAGGAUUUUCUGGACCACCAAUGUUCUCUCGAACAUUAUCUUUGGUAAAGAGAUAUCGAGCUUUACUUGACCAAGGACCACCACAAGAUAAUAUUGCUCAAUCAAGUGACAGCGGUCUUGUCUCCACUAUCGCUGAAAAGGCAAAAUCCCUCACAGGAAAUAAAGAGUCGAAGGGUAAUAAUCAGAAAGUGAUUUUUGCUACUGGUGGCAUCACGAAUGGAAAGCAAGCUCUGGAGAUCUUGAAUGCAGGCGCAAAUGUAGCACAGGUUUACACGGCAUUGGUAUACGGAGGAGUUGGGACAAUAACUCGUAUAAAAACUGAGAUUAGUAACGAGAUUUCUAAAAGUAAAUAG